AUGGCUGCAGCAUUUCCGGCGGGGCUUGGCGACAUCAUCAAGCUCCUUCCCACUGGCACAGUGUUCCUGUUCCAGUUCUGCAGCCCCAUCCUGUCCAACUAUGGGCAGUGCCACUACUACAACAAGUAUCUCACCGCCUUUCUUGUCGGCUGCUGCGGUUUGUCUUGCUUCUUUUCUACAUUUACUGACAGUUGUGUCGUUCAAAACAAAAUCUACUGUGGGUUUGUAACACGCAAGGGUGGUCUUUGGCCCUCGCCCCCGCCAGAGCCUCCGCCAGAGCCAGAGCAUGGCAUCACAAAACCGCCUGGGAAGGUGAACCUGCGGGUGCCGGAAAAGAUUGGGUUUGCAGACUUUGUCCAUGCUAUUUUGGCUGUGAUAGUGUUCGGAGCAGUGGUGCUUUUGGACACAAAUACUGUAAAGUGCUUCUAUCCGGUGACUGAGUCAACUCAUAAGACUCUGCUCUCGGUCGUGCCGGCAGUUGUCGGUGCCGUUUGUAGCGUGCUAAUACCCUUGUACCCUUGCAAGCGAAAUGGAAUUGGAUACCGUUCAACUAUGUCUUUAUCACAGAAUUCCAACGUCUCCGGUUCAGAAAUACCGUUGACCGGGGAACCUAAGGAAGGGAGGCCUGUUGAUCAUACACAGGUUUGA